AAAGUAUUACUUACAGUAGUCAUUUGAUGCAGUAUCGCCACACACAGAUCGCGAAGACGGGGAAGGAUCUUAGCGGCGGCAGGGGGCGGUUAUCGCACUCUAAACCGAUUAAAGAGGAGUUUUAUCUGCUGGAGAACUUAGCAGAAAAAUAAUAAUAAUACCCCAUACUCUCCCCUCUUUGCGUCUCCUAUGAGUCCUAUCAGUCGCAUCGUUAGCGGGGAUUCCGUCGAAGCUUGACUUUUUUACGAACAGCGGAAAGUUGUCGCCCAGCACAGAACCCCACUUGCUCCCGUCAAACUAUCGCGAUUCAAUUCCCACUGCUGAAGCGGACACCCCGGCUUUUCAGCGUCAUCGGCCUCGUCGACAAAACAGGCAUUGUUGUGCGCUUCCACAGCGCGUUAGGACAUACCAUACACGCAAAGACAUACAGUCAACAUCUCCGGUGUUCUCCCCGCGACCAGACGACCGCUGAAGUGGGCAGAUGCCUGGUUCGGUCGACGAGAGAAGCCCCCAUGCGGGCAGCAGAGUAGAACCUCUGCCUGCAGCCGGAGUUUCUAACGACAGCUUGGCCCAGAGUCAGCAUUCGACGAAUGGAUCCACGCCUGUUCUCACUGCAGAAGGUUGGGGUCCAAAGCAGCAUCGGGCCAGCGUGGGAAAGAAGACGACAGCACGGCCUCCUAUGCACCACUCUUCAUCGUCUUUUUCGCAGUUUUCCUCUGCUAUCCUCGAUGAAGAGCAACUGGGGAAGCUAGCGACUGACGAGGAUCCCCAGAACUUCCUUUUUGCCCAAGUGUUUGACUGGCUGCAACAAGAGCAGUCCAAACGCAAGGCCCGCAAGGCGAAGAGCGCUUCGGCGCCCGCACCGGACCAGGGUCCAGCAGCCGAUAUAGAUAAACCUGCUCAGCGUGGCAGAAGUGACUCUCAGGGUUCUGAGGGCGCCUUUUCGCUGGGGAAGCUCGAAGAGAUUCUGUUUCAGUAUGCUUCUACGCGGCGAGAGGGGCUUCCGCUGGCAAGCGUCGCACGAAAGAGAUCGCGUCGACGUCUCAAAGGGCUGCGACGAGGAUCCAUUUCUGAGUCUGAUAAUGCGGAUGUCGAUUCUGUUGUUCCAAGUGUUGAUGCAACGUUGGAUAAUUCCAAGACACUUGCUUAUAGCGGCGGUGCUGGAGAAGACGAAGCUGAUGAGACGAGCUCCAACAGUAGACGGGGGAAAGAGCAUUGGCUAACUUUCAAAUCGGAAAUCCUCCGUAUUGUCCACACUCUUCGUAUUAAGGGAUGGCGGAGAGUGCCCUUGGAGAAGAGUGCAGAAAUUGAAGUGACUCGUCUCAGUGGUGCACUCACCAAUGCAGUCUAUGUCGUUGCACCUCCUAAGGGAUUUUCCUCGAAGAGCGCGGGUGCCUCCCCCGUCCUUGUGCCCAGGAGACCCCCACCGAAACUUCUUCUCCGUAUAUACGGACCCCAAGUGGAACAUCUGAUUGACAGAGAAAACGAGCUGCAGAUCCUUCGUCGGCUUGGAAAGAAGCAUAUCGGGCCUCGCGUCCUGGGCACCUUCAACAAUGGCCGAUUUGAGGAAUUCUUCCAUGCUCGUACACUGACGCCUGUGGAUCUGCGCAUCCCCGAGACUUCUAAGCAAAUCGCAAAGCGAAUGCGAGAGCUGCAUGAGGGAAUUGAACUGCUCGAAGAAGAACGGGAAGGCGGUCCCUCUGUUUUCAACAACUGGGAUAAAUGGGUCGACCGCUGUGAGCAGGUGAUUUCCUGGCUAGACAAGGAAAUUCUGUCCCCAGAGAAUGAACGGAAAGCGCAGUAUGAACCGUGGCGGCGGAGGGGCUUCGUCUGUUGGGUCCCAUGGCCUGUAUUCAGGAAAGCAGUCGAGAACUACCGCGAAUGGCUGGUCGCAAGCUGUGGAGGAUCGCAGGGGGUUGCGCAGCAGCUCGUCUUUGCACACAACGAUGCUCAAUACGGAAACCUCCUCAGGCUUGAGCCCAGUGGAGAGUCCCCUCUCAUGCUUCCAGCCAACGAACACAAACAACUUGUGGUCAUUGAUUUCGAAUAUGCAUCGGCAAACACUCCCGCUCAGGAGUUUGCUAAUCACUUUACGGAAUGGUGCUAUAAUUACCACGACCCAGAGAAGCCCUGGGCUUGCAACACACGAGCAUAUCCAACGCCAGAAGAGCAGCACCGCUUCAUCCGCGCCUACGUCGACCACCGUCCUCAAGUGAGCGAACGCUCAGCCACCUCGCCAUAUGCCACACCCUACUUGAAUCCCAUGUCCGUCACUACCCCGCGCUUGGCGCCCUUCUCACUUGACAACGACGUACUCUCAUCCAGCCCUGGCGCCCGCGCUCUUGGCCUAACUGAAGCCGAACGUCUCGACCAAGAAUCCAUGGAGAUCGAAGUCCAGAACCUCAUGCGCGACACAAGACUCUGGCGUGUCGCUAACUCCGCCAUGUGGGUAGCGUGGGGUAUCGUCCAGGCAAAAGUCCCCGGAAUGGAAGAAGCCCUCGCCGCAGUAUCGACACCACAAGACCAAAACGGCAACGGAGCCGACAACAAUGCGGCUGCAUCAAUCGCUGAAGCACAAAAGCCCGGUAAUCCGCCUGUUGACCCCGAAAUUGACGAGUCGGAUGCAUUUGACUACCUCGCCUACUCUCAAGACCGCGCACUCUUCUUCUGGGCAGAUGUUCUGGCUUUGGGCGUCGUUAAGGAAGAAGAAUUGCCCGUGGAGCUGGUCGAGCGUGCAAAGUCUCUUAUGAUCCAUUAUUAGAAAUGAGAUAUGUCUACAGGAUCAUGCAUAUUUGCUGGUCAGGAUAGCUUUUACGUUGUGUAUAUAUCCGUUGUAUGUAUGUACAUAGACUUCGAAGAUAUUUCUUUUGUAUAUACAUUUUGCAACGAGAUACUUGGUCCUCAUAGUAUCCCAGUUGAAGUAGGAACUGU